ACCAUCAACCGGUCAAGCUCCAUCUUCAGCCGCCUCAAUCUCCAUUCUGUGUACACGCAAACGUUAGCAAUGGACUUUUCCUUCGACGCAGUGGCAUCCAAGUGCGCCCACCAAAUGGCGCAGUAUCAGAACUGCGUGCAGGCAAACCAGCACGGCGACUGGGGAACCAUUUGCAGGGAGCAGGGCCGAGCGCUUACCAAGUGCGCCGAUGAGAGCGUGCCUUACCUCGCAGAAAUGAAGCGAGCAUGCUUUACUCACAUCGAGGCGUAUCGCACCUGUCUGGACAAGCACGGAUCCAAGUCGGACGAGGUGGUGCAAGCCGAAUGCGGGGGCGCACUCAAAAAGCUGUGGGACUGCACCGACGCUCAGAAGAAGAAGAUUGACGAGGCAAAGUAGAUGGGCGAGCGGGGAAAGCGAAGAAGGUAGGCUCGACCGUGCGUUCCGCUCUGUCGCUGCUCAACAUCCUUAACGUCAUCAAACACCACCUCACAAAGCAAAACCUUGCAUUGACAUCUUAUGCACUGUAUCGGUAGCCCUGUCCCGAUCCGCAUUUCACACGGCGUGCGGUACGAACAAGAAGCUUCCACCACGCAGCAUGCACCCUGGGGCUGACAUUUCUUUGCCAGUGGUUGUUGCUCAUCGCUGGUGAGCCGAACCCAAGUGAGACGC